UCAUUGUCAAAAAAAUAAAAAUAAUAACAAAUUCAAAACCUUAAAAUUUGCAAUUUGCCUUUUCGGACUUUUAAUAAAUUAAAAGUUAAUUUGAAAAUCGAUACCAAUUUAUGCUAUUCCAUUUUACCAUCUAGCCAGAUAAUAAUGAGUAACACGGAUCCCGCCGCCAAGAACGCUAUACUGUGUUUCUCCUUAUCUUGCCUAGUAUUUACUGUUUCACUGUUUUCCUCCAGCGUUCUCGGAUAUACUUUCGAGCUAUGGGCGCUAACGUACUGGGGCCCGGGGCUUUACUUCUGUCUAUUCAACUUCGCUCUACGAUACUCCUUAAAAGGCUUCACAUAUGAUGUGGCAGUGAGGUCUGCAUUCCUGGGGUCAGUGUUUGCGACGGGGCUCUAUUUUGCUAUUUCUCACACCAGCUACCACAUAUUCGGACUGUAUGCAAUGGCAUUCUCAAUGUUCCACUUCUCAGAGUUCCUCUCUGUAGCUCUGACUAACCCUAAAACGCUGUCAGUGGAUUCAUUCAUAUUGAAUCACAGUGUGCAAUAUUGGAUUGCUGCUAUAUCCAGUUGGGUUGAAGCUGCCAUUGAGAAUUACUUCUUUCCUGGUAUGAAGUCUGUGUUCUGGCUCUCUCACAUUGGUGUGGUGAUGUGCAUAGUGGGGGAGGUGUUGAGGAAGAUGGCCAUGUUCACCGCCAAAACUAACUUUAAUCAUCUUGUGCAGACAGUAAAGAGCCCCGACCACAACCUGGUAACUCACGGCGUGUACCAUCUCUGUCGGCAUCCUAGCUACGUGGGCUGGUUCUACUGGUCAGUGGGCACGCAGAUAAUCCUUUUAAAUCCAAUCUGUGUACUCAUUUACACGCUGGUGUCCUGGUCAUUCUUCAGGGACAGGAUUUUUGCUGAGGAGAUGUUCCUCAUAUCCUUCUUCGGUACCCAAUACUUGGACUACCAGAAGAGGGUUGGUACUGGACUGCCUUUCAUUAAGGGUUAUAUACCUGAAGAUGCUUGGCGCUCUCACUAGGUGGCAUUUAAAAAAAUAAUAUGACAAAGUACAGAUAUUUAUAAAAUAACAGGCAUUUGAGGUAUCUACCCAUGCCUGUGGCCGAUUUAGGGUAGAUUCCUACUAUGUGUGCUUUACUAAGUCGUUGAUGUUCACAAUUGUUAAUAACUUAAGAUUGUGACGUAGACAGAGAAGUAAAUAGACAAGUAAUUGGCGUGUUGAGGUUGUAAAUUAGUGCUGACUAUAAUUAUGUUAUGUAUUUAUAUUGUUGUAAUUAAACUAUAAAUUAUUUACACUUUAAAAUAAAAGCACGUUAUUUAUACUUUUUUAAUAAAACUAAUCUGUUACUAAUUGUCAAACUUGUAAGGACCAUUGUUCUGUCUGACUUCUAACAUGCGUGUUGACACCAAAAUAUUGAAUUGCCUCAUUUCUUUACAGAUUCCACAUGUAAGUUAUUCUUUUGUUUUUGUUUUUUUGAGGGAAUGCGAAGGAUGUAUUAUAUUUGUCUAUUUACUUCUCUGUCUACAAUACAGGGAUCUUGUUCUGUUACGUAGUGAAGAAAAAUAUAUGAGACACUUGUUCACCUUUGGGAAAAUUUAUGAGAGAAGUUGUUCACUUUUAUGUGGCCAAAGAAUUAUUUUUAAGAAUUUCGUCUUUUUGACCAUUGACUUUGAAAACUAAUUCAUUUGACUAACUAAUUAAAACUGAUUUAUGUAAAACUCGUUACACGUUGACUCAACUCUACAAGCCCUUGACUACAAUCUCACCUGAUAAGUGAUGAUGCAAUCUAAGAUUGAAGCGUGCUAACUUGUUAGGAGUAGGAUUAAAUCCACACUUCUUUCGGUUUCUACAUGACAUCGUACCGGAACGCUAAAUCGCUUGGCGGUACGUCUUUGUCGGUAGGAUGGUAACUAGCCACGGCCGUAGCCUCCCACCAGCCAAAACUAAACUAUGCCGGUAAUGGCUUUUAGCGGUUGUGGCCGGUGUCCCGUGUGUGGGAACUCUUAAUAUUUUUGAAUGACGAGGUCCAUGCGAAGGCUCGCUUUUAAAAAACGUUUAUUAUCCAAUGUAUAAAUAAUAAUUUUUAACUAUUUUGAAUUGAGAUCUCAUGACAUUUUGCAUUUAUUAACUACUAUUUAAUUGAUUUUUUCUUAUUUUUUGAUUGAUAUAUUCAUUAUGAGUAACUUGUAGUAUUUUUACAGAUUCAACAUAUUUUGAUUACAAAAAAUUUAAAUCAUAUUAUGCGGAAAAUUAAAAAAAAUAUACUAAUGUUGACUUGUAUAUUACAAUCCGGGAAUUAUCCAUUAAAACCUAGAGUUAAGAUUUCAAUAAUUAAAAAAAAAUAAAAAAUCCCGACUGCCUAAUCUGUUCGCACCUUUAUAGUCAUCCGCCUCGCGUACUUUGCGAUUCAAAAUAACGUUUUUUUAAUUGUAGUUUUUUUUUUUAUUAUGGCCAUAUACCAUUUUAUAAUCCUCUUGAUACACACAUUUGAUACCCAUAUUGCAAUAUUAGAAAAAGAAAAUGUUUUCCCCUCGAGUCUAUAGCGUCUCACAGUCGUCGCGUUGUUUUUUUUAACUUUACCUAUCUAAGAACACUAGGGGUUAUUAAGACAAAUCUAAGUUCAGCGGUUUGGAAGAUAUGAGGUAAUAAAGAAUAUUACAUACAUACAAGAUGCCCGCGAAAAACAUAACCUUCUUGCAGUCGGGUAAAAGUGCUCAAAAUUUUGAACUUUAUUUUCCCUAUGUACUCGAUAGUAGGGUAAAACAAUUAAUUGGAUUUUUUAAUAAAUACGAUCUACACUUCAGUAAAAAUGUUACAGGAUAACAACAAAAAUAAAUAACAAAAAAACACUUUUUAAAUACUAUUGUAAACCUGUCUAGAAAAUUUUGGUAUAUUGUCUUUGUAUUAUUAGUAUUUUACAUUAAAAUGUAUUUAUUGUAAAUAGUUGCUGUUUUUAAACUUUUACUGCAUUGUACAUAUUUUGUUGUGUUGUGUUAGCACUGCAUGUGAAACAUGAAUGUAUAAAUUUGUAAAAACAAUUUAAUCUGUAAGGGUUGUGAAUGUGAAAAAUAAAUUCAUUUGUAAACUGAAUUAUGUUUCAACACUUGAGGAAUUCUGUAAAAAUAAAGAUGUCCUGCAUUAAUUACAUUGAUUAUAAUUAUGUCCUCUAAAAUCAUUUUAUUGUCAUAACAAUUUUUCCGACAAAUUAAAAAUAUAUGCCAAUUUUCAUAA